CCUCCAACCCUUUGAAUUCACCCAAAAAAGAAAAGCCCUUCUAAAGAACCCUAAACUCUUCGAAAGAACCAGUACUCCACGACCCCAGCAAUCCGGAGAACAUCGCCGGUGCUCCCUGUUCUGGCAUACUAACCUUACCCCUUUUUAAUUCACAAACCCUAACCUAACACCCACCACACUUCCCUCCUUUCCCCUCACAACAGCGCCGCAGCCCCACUCCCCCUUUUCCUCUCUCCAGCGCACACAACACGAUACACACACGCACCACCUCACCCACGCGAAAGAGGAGAGCUCGAGGAAGGAGACGCCGCCUUGCUGCCAGCUCCGUCGAAGACCAGCCCGCCGCCGCUGUCGAGUCAAACCCGAGAGAGAGAGUGUGUGCGACGAUGAGAGAGGAGGAGCCGUCACCAAACGCGUCGCCACCGCUGGAGGAGCUUCACUCUUCGCCGUCGCCGAGAAGGGGAAAGAGGAGCUGCUCCCGUCGGGCCAGUCUCCGUCGUACUUCCUGGUUGCCGAUGAAGGUGCCGCGAGAACCGUUGCCGUCGCGGAGGACGGGGACGCGCGAGAGGGAGCCGUCAGUGUGGUCGCCGUCGCAGCUGUCGAUUCUCAGUAAAUCCAAGGAAAUCCAAGUUCUGGGUUGAUUCUUUUCUGGUUUAGUAAGAUGAGUUCUCAGGAGAAAUCUCUGACUUUGGGUGGAAAUGAACAACAACAUGCUGAUGCUGAUGCAGCAGCUUCUUGCAGAAGAAAAGUUUCUCUGCCAGCUCAAAAGGAAGAGCUGCAAUUGGCACUAUUGAAGACCCCAUUUGGCGAGAAUCUUUUCCUUGAUAGGGUGUGUGAUCUCUUCGAAUUCCAUUCUUAUUUGUGUAAAGUUGACCCCUUUUGUUUUUUGCUACUGUGGCUACCGAAGGUGGCGAAAAUGGAGACGUCGAAGAAAACCAUGCAUGAGGGUUAUGGAAAUUACUCGGGAUGAUGGAUUUGGCCAUUUGAUUAUUUCUAUGCUUUUAUGCUGAGGUUGAGAAGCUUGUUGAGAAAUCAGAGUUUUGAACUCGAGAUUUAUUUUGUAUUUGAGUAUUAAUGUAUAAAACAAUUAUAGAAAAAAUGUCACUAAUUACUGUUUGAUUUAUCUUGUAAUAAAAAUUGCAUAUU